AGACGUUUGAACGGAGAUUCUUCUGAUGCAUCGACUGUCGAUACACCUCCGAUCGGCUGUGAAGGCACAACGGCCCUUGCGAACACUGACGAUGUCGGACGACAAUUCUGAGCUAACACACAUGACAAAUGUCGAAGUUACCAGACAAAUGAGGGCGGCGAGAGACAAGGCAGAUUCAAAGGAGUUGUCAAAAACGGCCAAGCAGGAAGCUUUGGCGACCUUGCACGCCCUAUACCAAGAAAGCCUGUCGUCAAUCCGCCGACUGCAUUACAGUAGCUACGAGUUCUCUGAGCUGGCCCUGACGGCAGCUAGAGCACCGAGUACUGGUGGGGCGGCUGAGGAGGUCCUCCGGAUGGUAUUAGACGAAGUUAUCAACCGCCAGGAGCCGGUAAAUUGCCGUGGGAAACUUGGUCGGAGUACAUAUGAUCUGAUCACUCGAGCUGCCAACGAUCAUACCUCGGCCCGAGCCGGCGGGGACUUUUCCGAAAACGUACCACUCAAUCAAGGGUGGACCAUGGUCACGUUGAAAAACCUUACCGCGGGCUUUUGCACUUCUAGAGGACUACGAAUCAUGGCAGAGGAGUCCCUCGGUGGGAAACUCAUAGCAGAGUAUGUUGGUGAUCGAGUGGUAUUGGCCCCUGAGGCCGCCGUGGAGCUCAGUAGUGGUCUUUCUGGCAGAGGAGCCGUGCAGAUGUUGACGGGUCUAUGCAACUACACCAUACAUUACCCCAAACUUGAUGCUCAUGGAUAUGAGGCAUUGAGUGUGCGAGUGUGGGCGCGACUUCUUGGCUUGGCUUCUCGUCACUCGGUGACAGAACUGGCUCUUAGCGACUUUGCUAUUUUGUAUCGGAAAAUAGCAGAAGUAUUACCACAUCUAGAUGAAGACAGUCGACAUGACGUUGCUCGAGCUGCUGAGUGGUUAUUGAUGUAUGCUGAGGACGUGACGUGAAUGAUUCUCAUGUUUCAUUCUGUUUCAUAUC